AUGCCUGCUAUGAUUCCAAAACUAAACCCCGUGCAAGAGCCGGUGGUCGUCCAUGAAGCCCUCGAUACCACGUUCACGGGCAUCGUCCAUCCUAUAUCUACCCCUGACGCUCCCGUUCACCAAUUCCGCGGGAUCAAAUACGCUAAUAUUCCAGCACGCUUUCGCCAGUCGAGAUUACACACUUCAUAUCCCGCACAGACUGACGCAACUCAUUUCGGCCCAAUAUGCCCUCAGCCGAGAUAUGAUGGCUAUGAAGCUGAACUCUUUGGCAUCCCUGCCGACGAGCUUCCUCAUCAAAACCUAAAACAAAGUGAAUUUGGAUGUCUCAACUUGAACAUCACACGGCCUGGAGAUGCAACCCCCGACUUGAACCUGCCAGUUAUGGUAUGGGUACAUGGCGGCGGCAAUCGCGGCUCCGGAUCGAGCUGGGUAUAUGAUGGAGGAUCUCUCGUACAGAAAAGCAUGAUUGUCGGCAAGCCAGUCAUCAUGGUGUCCUUCAUUUACCGGCUCGGCUUGCUCGGCUUCGCAGCUAGUCCCGCCUUGCGUGAGGACAACAAGGCUGCAGGAGACGAAGGAGUUGGUAAUUAUGGCCUCCGUGACCAGCGGAGAGCCCUCGAGUGGGUUUAUCACUUCAUCCCAGAAUUUGGGGGCGACCCGUCGAACAUCACCUUUUUCGGGGAGUCGACGGGCGCGGCCGACAUCGUCUGCCACCUCCAUUCCGCCGCGAACGAAAAGCACCCGCUGUUCAAACGUGCGAUUAUCCAGAGCGCAAUCGUGGAGUGUGAGGUCCCCACGGUGCACGCCGCUGGAGCGCAGCUGUCGAAAUAUAUGUCUGCGCUGUGCCUUCACAGCAUCGACGACCUGCGGGUAGUGGAGGUUGAGAAGCUCGUCUCCGUUGAUCAGCAUCUGCGAGCGACGAACGACGGGACCUUCUUCUGCAGGCACUUCACGGGCUCGUUAGUCCUCGAUGAACAGCAGGAGCAUCAUCACCAUCCAUAUGUACACCUCUCGUCUAACCUCCGUCAUGAUGAUCACGCUAUCGAGGACAGCCGCGGUCUACAGGUGCUAAGGCAUUCCCACUGGCUGCAGAGCUCAAAUCGCUUGCGUGUAUCGUCUCGCUCACGGUCGCGGCCUCGGCAUGCGCACAUGUGUCACCAGUCCAUCAUGAUCGGCGACUGCAGUGACGAGUCCCUGCUCUGGUCACUUACUGCAUCCCUAUGGUCAGCAACUGCGGUCGAACGGCGCGUCCGCGCGAUCUGCCAGUCAUUGAGCAAGGCCAACGUACUUCUGCGGGCGUAUGACAUUCACCCACAUCUGCCGCCAGAUGAGCUUCACGCACGAGUACUGGAGCUCAUCAACGAUUCGCGGUUUGCAUGGCCGACGGAGUGCAUCGCGGCCUGCGCAAAGCGAGAACGCGGCGGUAAGGGAGUGUGGAGAUACGUGUUUGAUCAGGAAGGCCCUGCCCGGGGCGUCCCGCACCAUGCAGUCGACCUCAUAUACCUCUUUGACAAUGUUCCGCAACCAAGUCCGACUCCAAAAUGUUCGUCCAAGCCCACCUGCAUGCCUGCGAUAUGCCCUGCGAUAUGCGACGCAGAUGACGAGGACGAGGACGCAAUGCGUCUUAUACCCAAGCGAGUCGAGGAGCCGUCAGACUCGGACGACGCUGAGGCCAGCUCAAGCUCUGACUCGGACGUUUCCACGGAUAGCGGGUACUUCGAGGACUGGGGCGUUCCCGCCGUGGAUACCUACGCCUACACGCGUGUACGCGACGCGGUGCAGGAAAGAUGGAUCACGUUCGCGUAUGGCGAGUCGCCGUGGCGUGAGGAUAAGGUGUACGUCUUCGGGCCGGAGGGGGAGGUCGGCGAGCGAUCGAUGAGCAUCUUCCAGGGUCGUCGGCGGACGCAGCUGUGGAAGGAGGCGCUCGAGCCGCUUGGGAUGCCCAUUGUCCAGAAGGUCGGCACGGAGCUGUGCAACGGUCCUCCUCUCCCGUCGUGUGGGAGGUUUUGA